CUGUCAAUGUCACCAUCACACAAGUGACAUUGGAUUGCGGGUAUCUUUUCAUUAUACUCUAAAGACUCCGUUAAAAUAAAAAAAUGCUCACUUCAUCAAUUCUCGGUGGGCUGAGAGCGGCGCGCGCAUCGGUGGUGGUCACGCGGAACUUGGCAGCGGCACAAAAGGCAAACGACCCCAUCCAGCAGCUGUUCCUCGAUAAAAUCCGGGAAUACAAACAAAAGAGCGCAGGUGGGAAACUAGUGGACCCAAGCCCAUCCAUUGAAAAAGAGUUGAAGACAGAGCUAGAAAAGCUAGAACGCCAAUUUGGGGGAGGUUCUGGAGUUGACAUGACCUCUUUCCCCGCCUUCAAGUUUGAAGAACCUAAACUAGACCCAAUUGAUGAGCAAGCUGCACCUGCCAAGUGAAACUAGCAAAACAUAACCAAUAGUCCUAAUAUAAACUUGUUUAAAGGUUAAAUAAAAAUUGCGUAAAUCAAA